UUGUUAAUUUUGAUGAACCUUGUGUUCCUAAAGGCACAAUUGAGUUGAAUUCCACCUCUUGAUAUUCUGGUCUUGGAAGCUGGAAAUGGAGAAAUUAAGAAAUAGGUGAAAGCUUGCAAUCUCCGCAACGGCAAACUUCAUCUCAAAAUUGGGUUGUUUCAGUUCAAGAUUCAUCAAAAGACCAACCAAGCAGAGGCUGAGAAGGGACCAGCCGCUCCCCAUUUAGCUGCUGCAAGACUACUUCAAAUAUGAUAAGACUAAAGAUGCUCCGGGAAAAGCAUGGAUGAAUACUUAAAUCGGAUAAAUGAACAUCUCAAAGGAUGUUAGGAAGUGAUACUAUAGGUAUCUUCGGAAGAAUGGAUGAAAGGCUGUGUGAGAUUGCCAGGACAGGAAACGUGGAAGACUUGCUGAGACUGACAGAAGAUCAUCCCCUUUUGCUGCAUACUAUUUUGUUGGAAGGUGGAGAAAAUCCACUACACAUUGCUUGUAUUGCAGGGCACGUUGGUUUUGUGAAGAAGGUGAUUGGGCUUAAGAAAGAAUUCGCUAUGGAGCAGAAUCAAAAUGGUAUGACCCCAUUGCAUAUCGCCUCUGCAGCUGGGAAUAUCGAGAUUGCAAGAGAGCUGCUGAAAAUAGAUAGCAAUCUUUGCCUGGUCAAGGGAAGAGAACAAAGGAUUCCUCUUCACUGUGCAGCAGUUAAAGGAAGAGUCGAAGUUGUUGAAGAACUGCUUGGAGCUUCUGGAGAUUCCAUAGCUUACAUAACAGCUCGUAAUGAGUCUGCACUUCACCUUGCAGUGAUGAACUAUCAAUAUGAGGUUCUCAAGGUCUUAGUGGAGCACCUGAAGAAAUUCAACAAGGAAGACAUCGUAAACCAAAAGGAUGUCCAGGGAAGCACAGUUCUUCACCUUGCAGUAUCAAGAAGACAAUUCGAGGUGAUUUCCCUGAUGCUUAAUGAAGAGUUCGUCAACAAGAGUGUGCUGGACAUAAAUUCCUUAAACAAUGCAGGUCUCACCCCUCUGGAUGUCUUGCUGAUUUUUCAAAGCGAAGCAGGUGACAGAGAAAUCGAGGAAAUGCUAAGAAGGGCAGGAGGUGCAAGGGCAAGAGACUUCUCCCUUCAAUCUCUAGAGGCUGAUAGAACCGCUACCUCUGAUGUUGACCAAGGAAGGCCGCAAUCGCCUGCUAAACAAUUGCUGGACUAUUUCAAAUAUGACACCAUCAAAGACUCCCCAGCUAGAGUAAGAAACACCCUCCUCGUGAUUGCUGUUCUCAUUGCAACAGCCACUUAUCAGGCUGUGCUUAGUCCUCCAGGUGGCGUUUGGCAGGACGGCUCAAAUGACCAUGUUGCUGGGAAGUCAGUAAUGGGUUCACUCAACCCAAUAGCAUACAGCCUCUUCCUGGUUUCCAACUCUGUUGGAUUCUUUACAUCCCUUCACAUAAUCGGCCUCCUCACAAAUGCAUUCCCUCUGCAGCUAGAACUUCAAAUUUCACUUGUUGCACUUAUCUUUACAUAUGAUACCUGUAUGACUGCUAUCGCGCCCAGCAGCCGCAUAUCUAUCAUGUUCACUGUCAUCUCUAUAGUCCUUCCAUUUCUGGCACCAGUUCUGAGCAAUGGGUUGAGAAACUACCUCAAGGCACCAAGGUGUGAAUUGCCACUUACAUCCAACUCAAAUUCUAGGUAGGGUACUGAUACCAAGGGCUUGAUUUGUAAUAUCUGUGCACCCAUGCUUUUCUUUCCAGAUUAACUACUUGGUUUUACAUGUAUGACUGCUAUUUUAGGUUGAAGCAAUUGUACCUUCUUGUGCUA